AUGUCUUCCACUACUACCGUAAUCCCAACCACUGCUGCUCCGAAGGAUAUUGUCACCUAUGUAGACAUCCCAUCCUGGUUUAACGACGCCUUCAAUCUAUUCAAUUAUAUUCUGGCCAUCCUUCAAUUCAUUGCCGUCGCCAUAACUCUCACCCAUCUGAUUAUUCUAACCAGAAAGGACCUUCGAUUCAACACGAUCUACCGAAUGAUGCUAGGAAUUUGUAUUUGCGAUCUUAUCAGUCAAGUUUUGGGAUUCAUCGCCUUUUCUCCUUUCUGGAUCAGAUCUGUGAAACCUGGCCAGGAAUGUUAUGUGACCGUAACCUACCAGGAUGCACUCAUCAACAAGUAUGGGGUGGGUGUGUUGGAUGACACUCAACGGAGUGCCACGUGGCUUGGAUUGUUCAUGGCUUUGUAUAGAGUGCUGUCAGUGAUGUUUCCGAUGAGUCAGAAGAUGAUGGGGUUGUCGAGGUCGUGGGUGGUGCCUUUGGUAGUGGUGCUAACUGUUUUGGUCAAUGGAUUGGUCUCAAUUACGGCUAUGUGGAAUCAUGAAAUCCGGAGACAAUGGAAGGAUUUUAGCUGCGACGGAACACAACACAUUCUGCCAGAAACCGAGGAGCGAUACCUGACUACAGUACCCCGUGAAAAGUCGGACCUUCACGCAAAAAUCACAUUCAUCUAUGGAAUCAUAAAAGCACUUCCAUCUCUUAUAGAACCGGUUCUAGCUGUUCUGUUAAUUUUGGAGAUACGAAAAGCAUCGAAACGAAGACAAAUUAUCAAGAAAUCGGAGGAGAAAGAUAAUACCACUAGUUUCAUAUUGUUCAUCACCAUGUCUUCGUUUCUACUUGAAGUUCCCAAUGGAUUCUCACAUUUUGCAUUUUCCUAUUUUGAGAACAGUCCAUUGAUAAGCCAUCCAAUUGUCUGCUUUUUCAUGUCAACUCAGUAUAGAGAAACUGCAAAAUCUUUAUUUGGUUUUACCAAGAAUGAGAAGGUAAAAAGAAUUUAUUUUAAUUAA